UUUCAUGUUUCAUUCGUCGUUAACAUUGGCUGAGGCAGAAAUUUGUAUCAUUAGUCGAGUUUGAGUGUUUGACUCUUUGCUAAACGCUCAAGUGACAGGGAAAAUGGUAAAUAACAUCGGGAGAAGUAGGAACUCGCUCUCCUCAUUUCAUUUAAGUUAGCAGCAACCAGCAGGAGGUGAAUAUGAGAGUGUUGAACUAGAAAUUAGGGGCAUUAAGGUCUAUGUUUUGUACAUGCAAAGCCAGCAAAUGCAAACUAUUCUCAUACGGAUUGUUCUGGAAUAAAAGUGUUUUAGGCCUUCCAAGCAUGAUAUUUUUCCUUUAUAAAAAGAACAGUGUGUAAACUAUGCGAUAGACGAGGCAAGUGUUCCCUAAUCUUGCAAAAUACCUUAUCAAUUCGACUGAAAAUAUUUGUUUUUUUAAAACGUGAAUAUUGGCGACAUCAAACGCAUUUAUCGCUUCUACAAUGUUUAUUUUCCGCAUUCCGGAAAAACAUUAAUGGCAAUUCUUGAUUUUUGAGAACUGAAAUAGCAUAUUGCCAAUGGCUUGAAGAUAAUGAUCACAAGAUACAGGACGCCACAGCAUCUGGUUUAAUAUUCAUCUCAUCACAUGGACAAAUUUAAUAGGAAUAAUGAAAGUUGAAUCUGAGCCCAGUUAUUCCAGUUGACGCGGCCCAGUUCAGUAAACCUGAGUUUGGUUAACUUCGCGCGCAUUAUUUGCCAGCUGUAUAUCGAAAAAGAUUUACACGGAUGCUUUUUAUAGGCAAAGGGUUGUUAAUUGGUUCGCUAAUUUUAUCAGCCAAUCAGCAAUAAGAAAUCGUAGCCGCAGCUGUGUGGCUCUGAAGUGGUUGGCUCUCAAAGGUCAACUGAAGCCUUUUUGAACAACAGGAUAAUGAAGAAAUUCGUGGGAAAAUUGACCCAGACAUUCGCAGUCCAGUGGUAGCUGUUUUCAUUGCAUGUACCCACAGCGUUAUGUGCUGUGAUUCACAACUGUGCUAUGCUUUAUCAGCAAAACUGCAAAAAUCUCACAGGUGCAAGCAUUUAACUGACCCAAAUAGAUCUUCAAAAAGUUCAAAAGAUUCGUUGAACAUUUGAACUGAACUAAGAAGCAAAUGUUAGGAAACCGGCUUGGAAUGUUUCAACAGGAGCUCUAUCGAUUUUAACAGAUAUAUUUUUUUGAACUAAACUGAAAAAAGCUCGUUUGUUUGGUUAAGAUCAAUAAAAUAAUAUGAAAUGCAAUUUCAAACUGAGGUAUUCAAAAAUGUGGUAAUAAGUACAAAUCGUGAAAAAACAAACCCAACUCUGUGGGGGUUAAGAAUAUGCGCGUUCUGGCUCACUAUACAACCCAAGUAGGUUGGAGUAAAUUUAUGCACUAGAAAAGUUUAAUAAACCUAUAAAAAAAAUGAUUUUCUUUAUUUCUUUCCUGGCAAUCGUCACGAGAUCUUGUGCAAUAUUGAUGCUGCAUAUGUUUUCCUUAUUUCGGUGGCUAACAUAAACAGUGUUCCUUCCUAAUAACCAUUCGCAGUAACGUGAUAUGACACGUCGUGUUUUCUUACAUGUAGACACCUGGGAGGUUACAUAAACAAGGGGUUCCACAGUCAACUAAUGAACUUAGCAGAUUAUGGCUUACCAAGUGCGAGAAAUACAGUUCUACUUCUCGAAAAUCGUUCUCUGUAAUAAAUGGAGACGCUUUAUAUUCAUAUUAAGCAAUUUGCGUCGUUUCUCGUGCUCUCGUGCAUCGCGUUGCGCUAUCUCCCGCAUUGCAGCGCUAUGUUUUGACUGCAAACAUUCCAUGACAGAUUAUUCCGCGCCUUUCGAUGCUUCUUAGAUCAAAGGCAAUCGUCUGUGAUUAACUGCUUGUCAAGAGAUACAUUAGCAUAUAUUCCGCUUCUUGGUUUGCGCGUCUGUUGCGCACCUCGAUUCAGAACCUACAACAUUCUCGAAAGUCGCGCAAGUGUCUUUAAACGCAGUUAACGUCGUCGGGUGACUGGCAUCGUCGACUGUAACAUAAGAGGCUAUAUGCUGCGCGAAAUAUGUAAAUAAGGUUUUUUAACUACUUUACUCUUCGGAAGAAAUAACUUACUGGAUUUUUAUUGAUCUUACUCAAGUGUCAGGAAUUUCACUAUAAGAUCAAUAUGGAGAGAUGACGUUUGUAGGAUAGAUUUAAAAAACGUUGCAAGGAACUAAGGUUUAUCAUAUUUGAUGCAACCGACAGAAAAAGCUUGGUUUGAAAGUAUGGAAUGUUGCUGCACACAUGAUGUACACAAAAAACGACUGCAAACAUUGGGCAAGGUUCCUAACAUCGAAUAUCCCACUAGCUCUAAAAUUUCUGCGAAAAGAAACGAAGAAAGUGGACAUUCUCCUGACAAUAUUAACAUGCGCGUUAACGACCGUUUUACAGAAUCUCACGUCAGCAGAGAUACUGGUGUUCUUGGUGACCAAAAGUAUCAUAAAGAACAGACUGCUUUUAUCGAAAGUCAGUGUACUUGGGAUGUAUCUGAAAAUUAUAAAUCAGACACUGAUGAUUUAGGAAAUAAGCAUUUUCUGGUAAAAAAUUUAACCGAGGACAAACAGAAUAAGAGAGUCGAUUCUUCAAGAAAAAUACAACAGAAUUCAGGUGUAUCACAUGGUUCUGAAAGUUUACAAACUGGGAGUUCGGGAGUACAAACCAAUUGCAAUGGCAACUACAGGCAACUACUACGAACUGAGCAUUUGGCUUUCAACACUGAUUCAAGCUUGCAAAAUUCUCAUUUAUCUGGCGAUAAACCGAUGUCACAUACUGGUACUACUCGCCAUUUUAGUGCACCUUGCGAGCAUGUUGUUCCAACAUCUAAGAAAUCAACCAGCGAUGAUGGUAUGUCUUGUCGUAUCUGUCACAGUGCAUCAGACCUUGAAAAUUUGGUCAGUCCAUGUUUGUGCACUGGUUCUAUGAAGUACGUCCACGAAUCAUGCUUAUUGAACUGGUUAAAGAGUUCUUUUAAAACGAACUGUGAAUUGUGUUUACACGAGGUACCAGUUAGAAAAAUGGUGAAACCGCUUAGAGAGUGGCGUUUUCUUGAUGAAAAACCAGUGGCUAUAAUAUGGUUGCUGUCUUUUCUAAUCCUUUUAACCCUCAACAUUCUCUCCGUGAUAAAAGAUGCUUCCCGCGGGUGCACAACAACUACAUGCGUUGUCUUUUACGUACUGGGCUGUACUGGUGCCAUAUUAGGCGUUGUUUUUCUAUGGUUUUGGGCCAAGAAAAGUGCUGUCUAUUUCACAAAGUUGCUCACAUUAAAUCAAGUUUGGUUACUCGAUACGAAACGUAAACAAAGGGCAGAAAAGAAACCAAGAACGUUUAACCUAACUGUAAAAUAUGUUUGACUUAUUUGGUAUGAAUAAUGAAAGGUUGUGCAUGAAUAAAGUAGAACUUAAAAAUAAAAGAAAGAGUCCAAUCUAGACUCUGGUCAGACUUUCAGAAACGUAUUCAAGUAUCGUAAAAACAUGAAAUUUCAAACUAUUGUGUACUGAUUUGUCUUAUCGUGGGUUUUAAGCCAGGAAGUGAUAGACUGAAAUUCGCAGCACGCUUGAUUGGAUGAAGUUAUAGGAACAUUGUGAGCUAUUAUGGCUAAAAUUAUUGUCUCAUAGCUGAUAGCUAUCGUAAAAGAUUCUUGUAAAAAUAUAUCAAAUUGCGUAAACACAAUAGCCUGUUUUACUCAUUAUGGCGGCCAGGGAUUUUGGCUUUUAAAAUCUGCGUCACGGUAUACUGGUAUAUGGUGUAUUCCACAUUCUUGAAGGUCCAAUAUAAAUUAUACUGGUAUAUGGUGUAUUCGACCUUGUUAUAAUAAAAAAAGUUAGUGAAGGUCUA